AUGGGACCAGAUUUGUCCAACAACAGGACUGUCAUAGUUGUGGACAUCCAUCCCUGCUAUGAAAUCUCUGAUUUCAGCUACAUCCUGACUAAAAGCCCAUCCAUAAUCUGUGUGCUGUUAUAUCUGUUCCUGUUUUUGUUGUCUUUAGUCACAGUGUGUGGAAACCUUCUUGUCAUGAUCUCCAUCAUGUACUUCACUCAGCUGCACUCUCCUACUAACUAUCUGAUCCUCUCUCUGGCUGUGGCCGACUUUCUUGUAGGGGUGCUGGUUAUUCCUCUCAGCAUGGCGUUUUCUCUCAGCUCCUGUCUCUAUCAGGAGGAUUUAUUUUGUAAAGUCCGCAACAGUUUUGACGUGUUUCUCAGCACGUGCUCUAUUCUGAACCUCUGUUGUAUUUCCAUUGAUAGAUAUUAUGCAGUGUGUCAGCCCCUGACCUAUAAAGCUAAAAUCAAACAUCAUGUUGCUGGGGUCAUGAUCCUGAUCAGCUGGGGGGGCUCGGUUCUCAUUGGGAUUGGGGUCUUAAUUGCUGGACUGAACAAUGAAAAAUGUGAAGACGGCUGUUUUAUUGAUAUGCUUAUGGAAAACACAGUUGGACCGAUUCUAUCCUUUUACCUCCCAGUGAUAAUAAUGCUCUGUGUCUACUUGAAGAUUUUCCUGGUGGCGCUGAAACAGGCUCGCAGAAUCCAGAACAAAACAUGUCAGAGCACCAAGUCUGGAGCCACGGUCAGUAAGAGUGAGAGAAAGGCCACCAAGACUUUAGCCAUAGUUUUAGGAGUUUUCCUCCUGUGUUGGACUCCUUUCUUCCUCUGCCUCACCUUUUCUCCUUUCAGCCAGAAUCCAGCUCCAGUUCCUGUGUUUGAAGCUCUGAUCUGGCUCUCGCUGGUCAACUCAAUGUUCAAUCCUUUCAUCUAUGCUUUCUUUUACAGCUGGUUCAGGACGGCCUUUAUGAUGAUUGUUACUGGGAAAAUAUUUCAGGGUGAUUUAACAAACACCAAACUGCUGAGAUAG